AUGCCGCCCAAACGAGGCCAGAAGCGCAAGGCGAAUGGUGCCAAUGCAACCUCUUCCACCAAGAAUGGCUCCGAGCUGGCGCCUCCAGAUCGCAACUCCUGGCAAGGAUGGGUCGAAAUGGAGAGCGAGCCUGCCUUCUUCAACGUCAUGCUGAAGGAUAUGGGUGUUCGUGGAGUCCGGAUCCAAGAAGUCUACUCUAUGGACCCUGAUAUCCUGGCCACUCUGCCACAACCCGUGCAUGCUUUCAUCUUCUUAUUUCGAUAUCGGACUGAAGACGAAGAAAACUCCAGUACUGGCAGCAAUCAAGAUCACAUCUGGUUUGCAAACCAGAUACCAGACUUUGCGUGUGCUUCAGUUGCAAUGCUCAAUAUCGUCAACAAUUUUCCAGGCCUACAGAUGGGCAAGGAGCUUCGCGACUUUAAAGACUUCACCAAAGACAUGAGUCCAAUGAAGAGAGGCGACGCCAUCGACAGCUUUGACUUUGUCAGACGCAUCCAUAACUCUUUUGCCACCGAGAAUGAUAUUCUGAACGCCAAUAUGCAUACCAAGGCUAAAGUCGACAAAUUCAAGAAGAAGCAGGCCGCUGCCAAAGCUCUAGAGACCAAGCGAGCGAAGAAGGCUGCGCAGGAAGCCAAGUACGAUGAGGAAGACUCGAAGAAGCCUGCUAAAUCAUCGACACGUGGCAAGCAACGACCAGUGAAAGAAACCACAACUUCUGCAAACAUCUCAAAAUCCAGGACCAGGAGAUCAUCGCGUUCGACCAAAGUGGAUCCUGACGAUGAGUACGGUUCGACCACGACGACCAAAGCGAAAGGCAAGGUCAACGGUAUCAAAGACGAGGACGAUGGCGAGUCGACUGGUCUUCGUCGCUCUGGCCGUGCGCGCAAACCGCCAAAGAAGAUGGCAUCCGCACGAGACGAGGAAGACGAGCCUGCAGCGGGAUUCCACUUCAUUGCCUACAUGCCUGUAGGAGACCAUGUCUGGAAGUUGGACGGUCUGGACAAGCACCCACACGAUAUGGGUUCCUUCGGACUCGACGGUAACGGUGCGGAUGGCGGGACUGGCAAUUGGGUAGAUGUCGCCUCACCAGCCAUGAUGCAACGCAUGGAAGACCUUGCAGGUUCUGAAAUCGAGUUCAACCUCAUGGCAGUGGUUCAUGAUCCGACAGUCAAUGAAAGCAGGCAGCUGCUAGAGAACAUCAAAACACUCCUCGCAGUCGACACGAAGCUGGAUGGGGUCUUCGACGAUUGGCGGUCGAUGGAAGGCGCAGAGACGGUGAAGGACGUCGUCACAGGCAUCUCGCCCGAGUUCGACAUCACUCAAGCAGACAUCGACGCUGCGGAGUUGCCUCCAGACAAGGAGGAAAAGAUCACAGCAGAAGACGACCUUCUGAAACUGAUUGAAUUCAGGGGAAGGGUGAUCACGGAGCAGAAGUUUCUGCGAGGCAGCUUGCGCGAAGCCAUGAUGUCGACAAAGGACGACGACGAAAAGGCCAGACAUCGAAGGCACGACUACGGCAAGUUUGUUCGCAGCUGGUUGGGUGCGUUAGCUGAAGAGAGAGUGCUGGACGAAUUGGCCAUGGGUUGA